CCUGUACUCAUACAAACACAAGCAUAUAAAAAGCAAAAUUGACAGAAUGCCCUCCAUCAAAUCCAUCAUCCUAACUCUCGCUCUCGGCGCUCUGACCACCGCAACCCUCGAGCCAGCCGCUUCCAACACGAAGGGAAAAUGCCCUGCUAGUGCGAGCUGCUCUGCGGCCAAAAAGUCGACAGCCAUCCAAGCAGCCGAAUGCUCCCACAACACCAGAACAUCCGAAACACAAACCUUCGCAGUCUUCAAAACAGACCACCAAUACGACUCCUCCCACGGCGCUCCCUACGGAACCUGCGAAGCGUACACUUGCACCGCGCCUACGAAUUCCGAACUCACUGAUGAGGACGAGGAUUGUUGGGUGUUUUUCUGGAAUUCGAAUGGCGAAGACGAAGGUACUGGAACGGGAUGUAUUCGGAGCCCGGAUGAUGGGAGCUGUGGGUGUGAGAAUUCGGAUGGGACGUUUGUUGCGGGGAGCUCGAGUUGCUCUUAGGUCUCAUGGGUGUUUAUGUUAUUUUAUACUUCACUAUAUACAUUGAGAUGCUCUGUUUACAGCGAAUCUGUUACACUAGACGCUUGAUUGGCUAAUGAGAUGGAAAAUCCCAUGAAUGCGGUGUGAUUGGGGGCUUGCAGUUUAAAGAAGUUCUUUUUUCGAGAAUCUAAACAAAUUCUUCAGCAUGAUAGGACCAAUGGAUUAUGGAC